UAAUUAUGCAAUAAAAAUAUGAAGAAAAGGCCCAAUUUAUUGUUUCGAGAUGAUUCGGUUUAUUUGCUUCGUGGGAAUUACGGUAUAAAAUCACUAAGAUCAAUAACAUCAGAUGGUAAAAAACUUGAAGAUUGCUAUAAAAUAUUAAAGAUACCUCUGGGUUCUAAACAAGAUGUAGUGAGAAAGGCUUUUCUAGAAUUAGCCAAGAAGCAUCACCCUGAUUCGGGAAGCCCUGAAGCUGAUAUUGAGAAGUUUGUUGCUAUAGAGAAUGCUUUUCGAAAGUUAAGUAAACAUAACACUGGCCAAAGCAGUACCGAUGAGAUUGAACAAAUUGUUUAUGACAUAAAGCACACAGCUCCGCAGCACCGUCAAUAUUUAAGUUUUGAAGGUGUAGGGCAUGGUACCCCAUACCAACGUGAAAGGCAAUGGGCACAAGCCAGGGCUCAACGGGCAGCCACAAAUGUCAUGGAACACAGAAUUUCAAAGGCAGUUGCUUCUGAGAAUACAUUAAUGAAAAAAGGUCAACAAUAUGAAAAAAAACAUGAUAUCAAAACAAAAUAUGGUUUUGAUAGGUUAGUGGAAGAUUUGAUACAAGAAUCGAUGUCAAAAGGAGAGUUCGAGAAUUUAAGUGGAAAAGGAAAGCCUUUGAAUACAGAGAAUAGGAAUCCAUAUGUCGAUUUUACUACUCAUAAACUGAACGAGGUUCUUGUCAAUAAUGGUUUCACACCAGAGUGGAUAACAAUGAGCAAAGAGAUUGACCAAGAUGUAAAGUUAUUGAAAGAGGAUAUAAAGUCUGAAAGACAGUACUUGGGACCUUAUCCUUUAUCUACAGAAGAUUUGAUUAAAUGGAACCGGAUCUAUAAAUGCAAUUUAGAUAUCGCUAAAUCGAUUAACAAAAAAAUAAACACUUAUAACUUAAUAGUGCCCUUGAUCAACAAGCAGAAGUUCCAUUUGGAUUUUGACAAGAUUUGCGACGAGAUACUUCAAAAUGGCGCUCAUUCUGUUGAAAAGAAAAUUACUCAAGAACAUUAUGUUCAAAAAGAUACAAUCAGUCACGACGAGGAUUUGUUUAGUGUGUUUUUCAAGGCAGUUAGUGAAUUAUUAAAUUUUAGUAAGAAGAAGAUUGACAAUACGAAACAAUAAUUGUUUUUAUGGCUUAGUUUUUCAAACUCAUAACUUGUUUGAAAUAAAUGAAAAAAUAUUUCUUGCUAGUUAUUAUUUGAAAUUCGACCAUAUCUAGAGAACUGAG